AUGGCCAGAAAGGUGGCGCUGCUCCUGUGGGCCCAGACCCUUGGCCUCGCUGGUGCCCAGGCCACCCAGGUCCUGGAGCAGGCCCCCUGGAGGCCAACGGUGCUUUGGGACCGGGUGACACUGACCUGCCAGGGCUCGGGGACUGCCGGUGCCACCACCUGGUACAAGGAUGGUCAGCGUUGGUGGCAGAAGGGACAGGACCGCCUCAGUGUCACCGAGAGUGGCACCUACACAUGUGACAGACCCGGCACUGGGCGCAGCCCCCCCUUGACAGUCUUAGAUGCCUGGGACGGGCUGGUGCUGCAGGUGCCAGCACGGACGCUGCUGGAGGGGGACACGGUGACACUGCACUGCCGGAGCUGGUGGAACAACACGGUCACCUCGGUGUCAUUUUACCCUGAGGGGAAGAAACUGGAGGGCCUCCGUGAUGGCACCGAGCUGUCCCUGUCCCCUCUGCAGCAGCACCAUAGCGGCAACUACCAUUGUGAGGGCCGGGUGAGCAAAGUGGUGUCAAAGUGGAGUGUGUCGAAGACGAUGACAGUGACAGUACACAGGGUCCCGCCCUCAGGGGUGUCCCUGUCAGUGCAGCCCCCUGGGGGACAGGUGGCACUCGGGGACAGCCUGGUGCUGAGCUGUGCAGUGGCCAUAGGGACAGGUCCCCUGUCCUUCUCCUGGCACCGGGAGGGCUCGGGGGCACUGCUGGGCACCGGCCCCCACCUGGAGCUGCGCCACGUUGGGGACAAUGACAGCGGCCAGUACCGGUGCCGGGUCAGUGACGGGAACAGCAUGGCCGAGAGUGACCCCCUGAAUGUCACCGUCCUGGUGCCCGUGGCCAAUGCCACCAUCACUCCCGGCCCCCUGUCACACCAGGUGCGUGCAGGUGACAAUGUGAACCUGCGCUGCUGGGUGCAGGUGGGCUCAGCCCCUGUCACCUUCACCUGGCUGCACAAUGGGCAGGAGGUGGCCCGGGGUCCCCUCCUGGAGCUCAGGGACAUCAGUGUGGGACAUUCGGGCACCUACCAGUGCGUGGCCACCAACCAGCUGGGACAGGACGGGCAUCGCGUGUUCCGGGCACUCAGCAUUGAGCUGGCCCUGGAGGUGACACCUGGCUCACCCUGGGUCACACCAGUGGCUGUGAAUGUUGGCAGGACCCUCCUGUUCCUGCUCCUGCUCCUGGCUGUCAUCGGGGGCUGUCACUGGUGGCACCGCCGGACUGCCAGGAAUUUCCAGGACAGGGCCCCCACAGGUGUCCCCCAGCCCUACCCCACCUCAGGAUCCAGAAGUGACCAACGCAGAGCUGUCGGGACCCCCAGGACAGCAGGACCCCCAUGACUACAAUGACGUGCUGUGACACUGGGGGCACAGGGGGGCACUGGGUGCAUGGAUUCCCCUCAGGGGUCUCUUAUUCCCCUUCAGAGGACCCCUUAG